AUGAAUACGAGUAAAAAGGUAAUGGAUAACAAUGUUAAACGAAAGAGAAGCUUUUCAGCCUUACCUAUAGUCCACAAGCUUCCAGGAAAGAAUGCGGAUUCGGGGCGAGCUCGGUUCUAUAGCGUAUCCUCCCAGAUUGUUCCUCAAACAAUUCAAGUAACUGACGACUUAGGCAGGAAAGCCGCGGCAACAGAGCCUAAGAGCUCGUCGCCAGCAUUGGCAGAUCUCUCGAAAGUUGGAUUCCAAUCCAUCUAUCGUGAUCCUACUGUCAAGAAGAGUCAAAGAAGUAUCAAUACGCCAGAGCCAUCUGCAAAACUUCACGCGACAAGUUCAAGCUCUUCAAUAAAAAGUAGCACAAUAACAAGUAAUCGGUCAUACAGGAGUGGCUCCAAUACUUCGGGGCUGAGCCAUAAACGGAGUGCCCUUUCGCUGUCAAACAAGCUAAGUGGUAAAAAAUCGGUCGACACUUUUGACCGAGAGAAGCGCAAAAUCAACGGGGUUGAUGGCAGUUCGUCCAGCAUCUCGUCAAGCAACAAAGAGCGAUCCCGAUUAUUUACAAAUACACUCACCUCUGCUGCCCGUAAACUAUUUCACAGAAAAGAUGGACGACAAGAGAAGCGAGGCGAGCAACUUAAGUCCCCCACAGCUGUAACAUCCUCAACCUUUGGCCGGUUCCUGCACAACAAAUAUAGCAAACAUGUGGGGAAAGCGACUGCACACUAUAAAUACUCGUCUGGAAGCUUUAUAGAUUCCGCGAAGUCUAAUGCCAACAACCCCAGUACAAGCAACGACGUACCGCUGCAAUUAGUGCAAGAGUCCAAUUUAGACGCAAGUGACAUUCAAAUGCUACAUGAUCUCAUCAAAAAUCUGAAAUCUUUAGAGUCUAACUAUCGUACUUUUACGGUUGAAGAGCUGGACGCUUUGAUGAGUAACGUUUGGGGAGUAUACUGCAGCGUUGUUCUAACCCUAUUCAAGAACCGAGAACUUUGGGAGCUUCCUGCCAAAAUAGAAGAUUUGAAUAAGAUUCUCUCAUUUUACAUCAAGCUAAAGACAACAUCAAAAAACGCCUCCGCUAGUUCCAAGUUUUUAAGCGAAAUCGAAGAAUUCUUAACAACUUGCCUUUACACUUUGGAAAACCAAAUUGUGUUCAAUUAUAGCAACGAAAACACAAUUAACACCGCGUUAAAGAGGCUCUGCGUAAUAUGGGAGGUUUUUUACCAGCAGAUAUACCACAGCACAAUAGCGUUGUUUCUGCCUUUGAGCAAUAGUUUCCUUGUGGAUACUCGAUAUUGGUCAGAGACGUUUAACGGUUUCUCCAGUGAUGGCAUCGGAAAUAAACGAGCUGGUUCUCUGUCUUUAGACUUUCUUUUGCUAAAAAGCUUUCGCGACUCGAUUGUGUCCCCGUACUAUCAAAGUUUUAUCAACAGUCAUGAGGGCGCCAGCAAGGGAUUCCACCUUUACAUCAUGAGCGAAGAAGAGGAGAAAGGUGUAACUCAACAGGAUAAGUUGGUACUCCUUCAAUGCUUCGGAAUUCUUUCUUCCAUACGAGGCACUGACAUCAAACAAAGAGUUGUUGACGAACUGCUAGUGGGGAUAAGAAUGAGUAUAUGA